AUAUCGCCAUCUGCCGGCCUUUGGACUAAGGUCAAGUCAAGUGGGAACUUUUUACAUGGAACGGAACUUUAUUCACGGAGUAGUUUCAGUGCUGCACAAUAAUGGCAUCUGUGGAAAAAGCACAUGUGGAGAACUCAGCAGGGAUAUUAGAAGAGCCCCAGGAGGACCACAGCGCUGAGAGUGAUGAUUCUGACAGAGGGAGCGAUGGAGAGGGAUCAGAGGAUGGAGGAAGUGAAGAGGAGGAUGGAGAGAGUGAAGUGGAACAGACUGCGGAUGGAGGGAGUGAAGGAGAGAAAGAAGAGGGUGAAGGCAACAGGGAAGUAGACGAUGUAGACACCAACCCCAAUGCUGGAUGGGCGGAGGCCAUGGCCAAGAUUCUGCAGAAGAAGACACCGGAGAGCAAACCCAGCAUCCUGCUGAAAAACAAACAGCUGGACAAAAUGAAGGAGAAGGAGAAGAAGGAGAAUCUGGAGAGGAAGAAACAGACUGAUAAAAAGCGAGCAUGGGAGAUGAUGUGUCGAGAGAAACCAGACUUAGUAAAAGACAGAGAGAAUGAGAGGAACCUGCAGAGAGUUGCUACCAGGGGAGUAGUACAGCUGUUCAACGCUGUGAGGAAGCACCAGAAAACAGUGGAUGAGAAGGUGAAGGAGGCGGGCGGCUCGGAGAGGAAGAAGGCCAAGCUCCUCUCCUCUGUUUCCAAGAAAGACUUCAUCAACGUGCUGCGGGGCACAGAGGGGGGCAGCGAGGUCGUCAUCAAGACAGAGAGACAGACGACUGGCAGGGAGGCAGAAGAGAAGCCAGCUUGGAGCGUGCUGAGAGAUGACUUCAUGAUGGGCGCCUCCAUGAAGGACUGGGACAAGGAGAGCGACGAGGAGGGGGACGAGGAGGAGGCACCAGGGGGUGCAGAGGACUACAACAGCGAGUCGGACUGAGCAGACAGGCCCAUCUGUGUAAGUAUGUGUAUGACUGAGCACACCCAGGAGUACAGAAGACCGUGCCUUUGAGUCCACUGUGAGGAAUGGAGCUGAAGGGUCCUGCAUCGCUGAGAUCAGCUCAACCCAGCCUCCCUCUCCUCUUCCCACAGAGGCAGCCCUACCAGGCCCAAAGACUCCUCUUUUGAAUGUUCUAUAUGGAACCAGGAGCUGAAGAAAGACUGGGGUCAAGGUCCUGUUCUGGCGCACAAUUAUUUACGGCAGGAUCCCUAGUUUGUUUAAUGCUGGUGCUCUCUGGCUUGUAAAUGUCCCACUGAACAUUUUUCUGUCUGAACUCUGUUGUAUAUAGACCCUUUUUUUUCAUAACAGUUGCAUGUCCCUCAAUAAAAAGCCAGUUGAUAAACA